AAGGUUGGUUCUGGAAAUUAAUCUCGCAGGAAAAUUGAAUUAUUGAAUAUUAUAUUGGAGAUAUUUCAAAGCGGAUAGGAUUGGGGAGAUGAGCGACGGGAUAAGAGAAAGAGAUUAAAUUGUCAUUGGUUUUCUGCACUCGAGAGAUAUUAAUACCAAUGGAGGCUAUCUCACGAAUUUUCAAGGGAUUCACUCAUCAUUAACUUCUUCAAAAUUGAUUAUCCUGCAAUUGCUGAUUUUUUUUUAGCACAAUUGCAGAUUAAAUAGUGCAUUCACCCGGGGAAUUGAUCCACAGAAUAAUCUAAUCUACAGAAUUCCCAUAAAAUUCCAUGUCAUUGGGAAAAUUCAUGAAAUGAGCGAUCAAAUCGAUGAGACUGGUUUCAAUGAAGGACGUGUUAAGAAAGUUAAAGCAGAAGGCCGAAGAGCGUUGACGACGGAUUGUAACGAGUGGGGAAAAUCGGAAAAAAGAGAAUUGAAAAAAAAUCCUGAGCUUGACGGAAUGAGUGGAAAUGUCAAAGUACGCUCCAAUGAAGUUUAUCACACGAUUCAGGGAAUAUUGUUGGCUUUUACAAUUCUGGCACUGAGUUAUCACGGUAUGCGUUACGGACCCAUUGAAUAUAGUCUGUUGGAAAAUGGUCAGAGUGUUCAGGGGCUGGUACCACCACGAAAAGCAGUGGUUACCCUCAGUCUCGGAUAUUCGUUCAUGUACUCUAUGAUUUCCUCUCUGGGUGCAUUUAUGCUUGUUUAUUCUCUAGUAUCGAUGAAACCGUAUUGGAGUCUACCCACCAUUGUUCUAUGCAUUUCUGAAGUAGUGUGGGAAGUUGGCGAUGCUAUUGUAGCUGUUUGGCUCUUGUUUGCACGGCUCAGAUUUACGACUGCUCUCACAUACACCGCUGGUGCAUCACUCGUUAUUUUGGGAGAACUCUGGUGCUGGCUCGGAGUAGUUCGUCUCUAUGAACUGAGAUCUUUCCAAUAAAUCUGGAAGACAUCAAUUCUGGAUAUUCAAUGCUGCAAUCACAUUCGACAAAUAAAAUUUCGAGUCUAAAUUGGGAAUGGCAG